CCAUUUAUUAUUUUGUCUGGUACACUAUUCCCCUUUUCUUCUUCUUUCUCUCAACAAAAUUCAGUUCAACUCCUUUCUCCUUUUCCCCUUUUCUUUUUUGUUAACCCUAAAAACUUCUAAUAGGAAAACUCUAUAUUCAACCAAUUCACAAAUCUCAUUCUGUUCAUAAAGAUGGUUACUUUGUUUAUUUCUGUUGAUUCAUUAAUCAAAUUCUGAUCAGAAGAAGAAUCUUUCUGUUCUGGAUAAAGAUUGUUAUGUUUGCUCUCAGUAUACUAUCUGCUAAUGAAAUGGUGGUAGAAGGUAGAGAGAUUUAUUGGUAAUUUUGAUAAAUUAAGGUCUUUUUAAUUGUGUGUAGGGUAUGUGGGGGUUUCUUGUUUGAAUUCAUGGAUGUGCUAUGGAUGAAUUCUUGGAUAUUUGAGGUAACACUUAAGUAGAUUAAUCGUUAUUCUAUAAAGGGGGCUUUCCAAAACUAAGGGUAUUUGUUAAUGGGGACUAGAUAUGCUAUGAAAGAGAAGGAUUGGAUGGGUAGUACUGGAAAGAAGAGUUUAGAAUGGGAUUUGAAUGAUUGGAAAUGGGAUGGUGAUCUAUUUGUUGCAACACCUUUGAAUUCGGUUCCGUUUAAUAGUAGGGAAUUUUUAUCUAGUAGAGGUGGUGAGGUUGUUCCUGUGACUACUAAUGGAGGUGGUGGUGGUGGUGGUUCAAACAGUUCAUCUUCCUGUUCAGAGGAGAUCAAUUUGAGGAGCGGUGAUGAUAAUAAAAGUAAAAAGGAACUGGAAAAGAAGAGGAGAGGAGUAGUUAUAAUUGAUGAAGAUGAUGAUACUGAGUUGAUGAAUGAUGUUGCUGAGAACCUUACUUUGAACCUUGGUGAACAUGUUUAUCCAAUCGCACAAGGUGGUGAUGUGGGUGGAAAUGGAAAGAAAAUGAAGUUAGCAGAGAACUCUGCUGCUACUAAUACUGCUGUUACUUGUACUACUAGUACUACGACUACUACAAGUCGUGCCGUAUGUCAGGUUGAGGGUUGUGGGGCUGAUUUGAGCAAAGCAAAACCCUAUCAUAGAAGGCAUAAGGUCUGUGAAAUUCAUUCCAAGACCAGUCAAUCACUCGUAGGCAAUGUUAUGCAGAGAUUUUGUCAGCAGUGUAGCAGAUUUCAUCUUCUCGAAGAAUUUGAUGAAGGGAAGAGAAGCUGUCGUAGACGUUUAGCAGGUCAUAAUAAACGAAGGAGAAAACCUCAACGUGAAGCUACUUUUAAUGGUAGCUCCAUGAAUGAUGAGGAGGCUCGUAGUUGUCUUUUCGUAACUUUACUAAAAAUUCUCAGCAAUAUUCAUUCCGAUACCUCUGUUCAACCAAAGGAUGAGGUUAUGCUUUCUCAUGUUUUGAGAAACCUUGGUAGCUUAGCUAACGGAUCUGGUGUGGGUAACACAUCUGGAAUCAAGCAGGGAUCUCAGGAUUUGCUCAAUGAGGGGACUUUCACGGGAGCACCUUCAAAAAUAGUGGAUAGGUUAUUCUCACUUGGUUCUGAACCUUCUGGAUGUUUGGGCUCAUCCUCUAAAAUACAUGGUGCUCAAGAGGAGCAUGUUAGACCUGCAAAUCUAUCUGUUAGCGUUGCUGCCCUAGGGAUUUCACAAGUAACAACUUCAGCAAAUAAUUUGAAAACAGCAGAAAAUGACAUUCCACCCGAAGCAGAAGUUCGAAACUUGACUGCGGGGAGAAUCAAGUUAAAUAAUUUUGAUUUGAAUUGCACCUAUGUUGACUCACAAGAUUGCGUGGAAGGGUUAAAGAGGUCUGAAACACCUCUAAACUUGCUUAGUAGUUCUCUAGAUUGCCCAUCAUGGGUUAAUCAACACUCUCACCACUCAAGCCCCCCUCAAACAAGUGCGAAUUCCGAUUCAGCAUCAGACCAGUCACCUUCCAGUUCUAGUGGAGAUGCUCAGACUCGUACAGAUCGCAUUGUUUUCAAACUUUUUGGCAAAGAUCCAAAUGAUUUUCCUCUUGUAUUGAGAUCACAGGUUCUUGAUUGGUUAUCUAACAGUCCUGCGGAAAUUGAGAGCUACAUUAGGCCCGGUUGUAUCAUGCUAACGAUCUACCUUCGUUUGGCGGAUUCUAUGUGGGAGGAGCUUUGUUGUGGUUUAAGCUCCAGUUUGAGCAGGCUUUUGGAUGUUUCAAGCGAUCCCUUCUGGAGAAAAGGAUGGGUGUAUGUUAGGAUACAGCAUCGAACAGCUUUUAUAUUUCAAGGUCAGGUUGUUCUUGACAUGCUAUUACCUUUCAAGGAGCACAAUGGUUGUGUGAUCUCUAGUAUCAAACCCCUUGCACUUUCUGUAUCUGGGAGUGCACGGUUUAUAGUUAAAGGCUUCAAUCUAGUUCAGCCGACCACAAGGUUACGCUGUGCGUUGGGAGGGAAGUAUCUGGUUCAGGAGGAUGUUAAUGAUUUGGUGGAGGGCACUGGAACAUUUAGUGAGGAUGAAGAGCUCCAGUCCCUCAGCUUCACUUGUUCUGUCCCUGAUGUCACUGGGAGAGGAUUCAUCGAGGUUGAUGAUGAUGGUCUAAAUAGUAGCUCCUUCCCUUUCAUAGUUGCAGAACAAGAUGUGUGCUCAGAGAUUCGUAUGUUGGAGGGUGCCUUGGAGGAGUCGGAAUCUGAUGAUGACAGAAGAAGAUCUGGAAGAAUGGGAUCCAAGGAUCAAGCCCUAAGUUUUGUUCAUGAAAUGGGCUGGCUUCUUCAUAGGUGCCGCUUGAGAUCUAAAGUAGGUAACAUGGAUCCUAAUACGGAUAUGUUUAGUUUCACACGGUUCAGAGGGCUUAUGGAGUUUGCUAUGGAUCACGAUUGGUGUGCCGUGGUGAAGAAACUUCUAGACAUUCUAUUUGAAGGAAGUGUAGAUGCAGGUGACCAUGCCUCAAUAGAACUCGCACUUUCAGAUAUGGGUCUUCUUCAUAGGGCCGUCCGGAGAAACUGUAGGUUGAUGGUGGAGCGCCUAUUGAGAUAUGUACCUGACACAGCUUCAGAAAAAAUAAGCCUAGGACAGACUCAACUGGCCAACAGACGCUUCUUGUUUAGACCUGAUGCCAUUGGUCCUGGGGGUUUGACUCCCCUUCACAUCGCAGCCAGUAGAAUUGGGUCUGAGAGCAUGCUGGCUGUGCUAACUGAUGAUCCUGGAUUGGUGGGAGCUGUAGCAUGGAAAAGCGUUCGUGACAAAACAGGGUUGACACCUGAAGGUUAUGCACGAAUGAGAGGCCAUUACUCCUACAUCCAUUUGGUUCAGAAGAAAAUUAAUAACAAAUCAGAAACGGGCCAUAUAAUACUUAACAUUCCUCCUCCUAAUGCAUCCGAGAACAGCAACGGCAAUCAAAAGCAGAAAAGCGAGGUUUCCGAUUCAUCCGAAGUAUCUGGGUUCCAAUUCGAGAAGACUGAAUUGAGCAGCAGCCCGCAGUCAUGCAGAUUUUGUCUUCAAAAGGUGACCUAUAGAAAAAGAAAUAAUUUCUUGGGAUAUAGACCGACAAUGUUGUCAAUGGUUUCCAUUGCUGCAGUUUGUGUUUGUCUUGGCCUCUUAUUCAAAAGUUCACCCGAAGUUCUGUAUAUUCUAGUCCCCUUCAGGUGGGAACAUUUGGAUUUUGGACCUAUGUAAGGAGGAACCAACAAUAAUAAUGCCUACUAAUCCGAUGAAAAGAUGGUUUAGUAAUAAGAGUUUAUCAUGGUAUUGUUUCUUUCAUUAAGGCUGUGUAUGAGCGAGGACUGAAUAUUUUUUAGAUUGUUUCCGGAUAUGCUCUGUAUAUUUUAUUUAUGUUCGUAGAUCCAUUAAUCAAAGUGAUUAUUAGUGAAUCUGAAAUGUGUUCAGCAA